AAUGCUGUGUUUCCUGUAUGAAUAGUUAAUGUUAACCACGUGGUGUGAAAGCAGACUGCAGCUUCUUUUGUUCAAAUCAAUCAAACCAGAGAGAGACGGGACGAGCUGCUGAAUCAGGAAAUCACCGCUUCUGUUUGAAGAAAAAAUGCCACGCAAGAAGGUGACAGACAUCUCAGGGAAUGGCGGAAUGAAGAGGAAGAGGACCAGCGGCAAAAGGAAAGAGAGGGACUUCAGCAGCGAUGAUGAGUUUGACUUUGAGCAGGAGAACAACAAGAAGCCAGGAAAACCCGCUACCAAGUCCGGACUCCAGCCGGUCACUGUGGCAGACGAUGUCAAGGAGAAAAUAAAACUUGAGUGUCCAAAGGUGAAAGGGCAGCUGCUCAUCUUUGGAGCGACCAACUGGGAUCUGAUUGGAAGAAAGGAGGUACCCAAACAACAAGCUGCUUUCCGUAACCUGGGUCAGAACCUGUGGGGUCCUCACCGUUACGGCUGUCUCAACGAUGUCCAGGUUAGCUGUGUGGUGUCCGGUUCCUGCGCUGCUCACAGUCUGCUCAUGACCACCGACGGCAAGCUGUGGAGUUGGGGUCGUAACGACAAAGGGCAGCUGGGUCAUGGAGACACCAAACGACUGGAGGCUCCAAAGCUCAUCGAGGCGUUAGCAGAUCACGUGAUCGUUGCUGCGGCCUGUGGACGCAAUCACACCCUGGCACUCACAGAGCAUGGUACCGUGUACUCCUUUGGCGAGAACAAAAUGGGCCAGCUCGGACAGGGAAACCAGACCGAUGCCGUCCUCAGCCCUGCAGCGAUCCUGUACAACGGUCAGCCUCUGGUGAAGGUGGCGUGUGGCGCCGAGUUCAGCAUGGUGGUGGACUGUAAAGGAAACCUUUACUCCUUCGGCUGCCCUGAGUACGGACAGCUGGGUCACAACAGUGACGGGAAGUUCAUUGCUCGAGCUCAGCGUAUCGAGUUUGACUGUGAGCUCAUUCCUCGCCGUGUCGCCAUCUUCAUCGAGAAGUCCAAGGACGGACAGAUCACCCCCGUGCCCAACGUGGUGGUCCGAGAUGUGUCCUGUGGAGCCAACCACACGCUCGUCCUGGACUCUCAGAAGCGAGUGUUCAGUUGGGGUUUUGGGGGGUACGGACGUCUCGGGCACACAGAGCAGAAGGACGAGAUGGUUCCUCGACUCGUCAAACUGUUCGACUUCCCCGGGCGUGGAGCGAGUCAGAUCUUUACAGGAUACCAGUGUUCAUUCGCCGUCAGUGAGAUGGGCGGGCUCUUCUUCUGGGGGGUGACAAACACUUCCAGAGAGUCGACCAUGUACCCAAAAUCUGUUCAGGAUCUGUGUGGCUGGAAGAUCCGCAGUCUGGCCUGCGGGAAGAGCAGCAUCAUUAUCGCUGCAGAUGAGAGCACGAUCAGCUGGGGACCCUCGCCAACAUUUGGAGAGCUGGGAUACGGAGACAACAAACCCAAAUCCUCAACCACCGCUCAGGAGGUCAAGACCUUGGAUGGGAUCUACAUGGAGCAGGUUGUGAUGGGAUACUCUCACUCUCUGGUCAUCGCCAGACAGGAAACUGAGCAGGAAAAGGAGAAGCUGAAAAAGCUGCCCGAGUACAACCCCAGAACAAUCUGAUCGGUCCUCGUUCAGCGGUGCCUGAGCCUCUUUCUCUGGAGCAGAGACCGGCGCUGCUCGUCAGGAACAACAGGGCCUGUUCGGUCUCUGCCACCAGCGAGGAGGAGGAUGGCAGGAUUUCCACACAUCUCAACUACCAGCAUUCAUUAAUUUGGACUCUGAAAUCAGAAAAACGGGACUGGAGACGAUGAUCCGGCUCCAGACGAUCAACUUUUCCUCACAUCCGAACCUCGAGUGAACCUGCAACAGUUUGCUCCAAAGCUCUUCACAUCCAGCCAGACGUGCUUCCCAAAAACCCUUUUUCUAUUUUGUGAUACAGCCAAACGUUCAUGUGUUCAUGUCUCUCGUUCUGUCGUCUGUGUUGCAGUAUUUGAAAUGAUAAAAUGUCUGUCACAUUUACGGGUGCUACAUCAGGACCCUCGGUGUUUUCCCACUGAGGGCUUUUCAAAGACCAAUACUCCAUACCUGUGCCUUUUUCUACGUGUUCGUUCAGGAUAUGGAAGUCUUGUUCGUGUUUGGGAGGAUCAGCUGAUCCCUCUGUGUUAGUGUAUAUACGUCAGUGUGAGCAGGUGUGCGUGUGAGCAGCUGCCACAGAUUACAAUCAGGAUUUGGAACGUGAUGUUCUGCGUUAGUGCACUCCACUCGAUGUUACAUUCCUUUUGUUCUUAUGUGUUUGCAUCCAGGAUGCACACCUCAGUCCUUCCAAGACCUCCGCGUCUGCUCGCUCUUUGUCUUUUUUAAUUUGAUUAAAGAAACGAUUCCAACGCUCAAAGCGGUGAAGCAGAACUUUCCGAUCCAGAGCAGAGAUGUUUCAUUGUACCACGUUGUGCUGAAAAUGAAGGCAUGUCCUUUUUUUUUUUAAAGAAACAGCAGAUGUGUUUCCCUCUUACUUGUUCUUUUUUAUGGUGAAAUUCUCUGGGUUAUUGUUUUUUCAUUGAAAUGGAUAAAUAAAGUUCACAUGACUUCA